UCAUCCCAUUAAUAUAUGAACUCCUUUUCGUUCUUCCCUGACUUUCUUCCUUCUUCAACAAACACAAUCAAUUGAUUGCAGUCAGUCAAUCCCUCCUUGCUAAGUUAAGAUUUUUGUAGUUUAAUUAUUUUAUUUGUUGUUUAAUUGUUGAUCAAUCUUUCAAAUUAUGUAUAAUAACUGAAUAAUGAACUUCGGUUUUUUUUAUCCGGAGGUAGAGUUCAGGUGUAGGGUCUCUGAUCCGGAGGUAGAGGCCAUGUGCCCGAUAGUUUUUUCGGAGGUGUAGCCCUGCUGCCGGAAAAGUAAACUGGAGGUACGGUAAAGUUGCCGUAAAACAUUACCGGAGCUUUUCAGAAUUCUGAAUUCAGCGAGAGGGAGAGAUGAGUGGAAAUGGGGAGAUCGUGUGUGUAACCGGAGCAUCUGGGUAUAUUGCUUCUUUUCUUGUAAAUGCAGGUAAUAUUAUUUAGUUAAAGUUAAAGAGUUAAGAGUUGUUCAUUAAUAUGUAAUUGAAUAUUAGAGUAAUUAUAUGACUUUUAGAUGGAAAAAACGAAUAAAUUAGAAAAGGGACAGUUUAGAAAAAAUAAUAUUUAAGUAUUUGUUUAAUUAUUCUACAUUUAAGUAAAACCAUACCUGCAUUUAGUACACCCCUUUAAAAAUUUACACCCCUACUACCACUAACAAAUUUUAAUUUUUCACUAACUAUAUUAAAAUAAUAUUUCACUAUCAACUAUCAACCAUUAAAUUUAAUAAGUCAAUUUAAGUGUCUUAAACCCCUCACUAAUCAAAUCGGUGCGAAUAUUAAGGGACGGAGGAAGUAAUCAGGUUGUUGAAUUGGUAUCAAAGUAUAUGUUAGAAAAAUAUGAAGUCAACCAUGGUCACAUGGUGCAAUAAUUAAGGAAAGAUGCAAGUAUUUACCAUAACAAACGCCAUGUCGUCCUCUCCCUUAUUCACAUCCCAAACCCCACCACCCCCAAACGGCCGCACUUCCAAUCUCUCUCCUCCGUCCAGCCACCGUCCGCAACCAGAAAAACUAGCAUUUCUAUUAGACAAGUGCCGAAACCUCACCCAACUCCUCCAAAUCCACGCCGUAAUUCUUCGACAAGGCCAUGAAAACAACCCCAUCUUGAACUUCAAGCUUCAAAAAACCUGCUCUUCUAUCGGCCACCUUGACCGCUCUUUCUCCCUCUUCAAAAGGACUGCAAAUCCAGAUGUUUACCUAUACACUUCAAUCAUCAAUUCCCACUCUUCCCGAGGACUACAGCUCAAGGCUUUUGAGUUAUAUGUUCAAAUGUUAACCCAAGGUGUUGAACCCAAUGCCUUCACAUUCUCUUCUCUGUUGAAAUGUUGUUUGAUUAAAGAUGGGGUUUUGAUCCAUUCACAAGCAAUCAAGCUGGGAUAUGAUCAAGAUUUGUUUGUGAGAACAGGGCUUUUAGAUGUCUAUGCUAAAGGAGGGGAUGUAGUCUCUGCACGCCAACUGUUCGACACAAUGCCUGAAAGAAGUUUAGUACCCUUAACCGCGAUGCUAACUUACUAUGCAAAACAUGGGCAUCUUGAUGACGCACGAGUACUAUUUGAUGGGAUGGAGGAGAAAGAUGUGGUGUGUUGGAAUGUGAUGAUUGAUGGGUAUGCUCAACAUGGAAGGCCAAAUGAUGCAUUGAUACUUUUCCAGAAAAUGUUAAAGGCCAAAUUCAAGCCUACCGAAUUCACUGUAUUAUCAAUAUUAUCAGCUUGUGGGCAACUUGGUGCAUUUGAGUUAGGCAAAUGGGUUCAUUCUUACAUUAUGAAUAAUAAAAUUAAAGUUAAUGUCCAUGUGGGUACUGCCCUUGUUGAUAUGUAUGCUAAAUGUGGAAGUUUGAAGGAUGCAAAGCUUGUUUUUGAUGGUAUAAUUGACAAAGAUGUUGUUUUGUGGAAUUCAAUGAUUGUUGGAUAUGCAAUGCAUGGGUUUAGCAAAGAAGCAUUGCAAUUGUUUGAUGAGUUGCUUUUCAAGGGAUUACGCCCUACUUAUAUCACCUUCAUAGGCGUCUUAAACGCCUGUGCUCAUGCUGGAUUAGUGUCUGCAGGGAAGAAAUUUUUCGCUCUGAUGAAAGAUGCGUAUAAUCUUGAACCAAAGAUUGAGCAUUAUGGAUGUAUGGUAAACCUUCUUGGUCGUGCUGGUCAUUUAGACCAAGCUUAUGACCUUGUCAAAGCUAAUGUUAAUCCCGACCCUGUUCUUUUUGGAACAUUGCUAGGUGCUUGUCGCCUUCAUGGAAACAUUUCACUAGGAGAGGAAAUUGCCAAGUUUCUUGUCACUAAAAACUUAGCAAAUGAUGGAACAUAUGUUCUCUUAUCUAACAUAUAUGCAGGUGUAGGGGAUUGGGAUGGUGUUGCUAAUGUAAGAGCCAUGAUGAAAGAGAAGGGGAUACAAAAGGAGCCUGGUUGUACCUCCAUUGAAGUGAAUAACAAGGUACAUGAGUUUCUUGCUGGAGAUUUAAGACACCCGAUGAGCAAAGAGAUAUAUAAGAUGUUAGAAGAGAUUACUAAGUUGUUGAAAGUGAAUGGGUAUGUUCCUCAGAUAGAGACAGUGUUGAGUGAUGUUGGGGUGAGGGAGAAAGAGCAAUCUUUGGGUGUUCAUAGUGAGAGACUUGCUAUUGCCUUUGGCUUAAUCAGUACUUCUCCAGGUACUACGAUCAAGAUUGCGAAGAACCUUCGUGUAUGUUCGGAUUGUCAUGUAGUUACGAAGCUGAUCUCGAAGAUUACAGGACGGAGGAUAGUUGUUAGGGAUAGGAACCGAUUUCAUCACUUUGAAAAUGGCAUUUGUUCUUGUGGUGAUUAUUGGUAGUUAGUACAGUACAUAGACUUGUCAAACGGGUCGGUCGGAUCGGAUUGUAAAAAAGUUAUUUUCGAGUUCGGCUUAAUUCGGGUCGGUCACCUUCGGGUUCGGGUUUAUAAAUGGCUGUUCAAGAUCUAGAAUUUCCGGGUUCAAGAUUUUUAAACACGUAGUUGUAUUAUAUUUUCAUCAAUUUAGGUAAUAAAUAUACGAAAUAUGAGCAUAAAUUUAUAAAUUUUCCUA